UUUUGAUUAAAAAAUUCCAAGUAUUCAAUUUUUAUAACAAUACUCGCAGCUGAAUUUUUAUAAUCGGAGAAUCUCAUCCCCAUUUUUCUUUCUUCGUCGCUUUACCUUCUUUUCCAUCAUUCAAUCCCAUUUCAUAGCUCUCAGAUCGCUCACUUCAACUCAACAGUGCUGCCCUCAGUUGCCCCCUCUGCUUUUCCAACUCUUUUCCUUUCCCUUUUUUAUUUUCUCCAUUUCUUUUUUUUUUCUUUUCAAUUCAUUCCAUAUCAAUCGUUUCCAAAUUCGAAAUUACUCCUCUCCUCUCGUUUCUCGCCAGCCAAACACGUUCCGUGUCUGGAAAUGUCGAUCUCAUCGACGUAUGUUGAUUUUGACUGAAUAUGGUAUUCUGCGUUGGGUUGCCCAGAAAACUGAAGGGAAAGGGAAAACCCCGGAAACCAAAAAAAAGGGUUGAUGACUCUUGCAAGAGAGUGCGUUCUUUUGCUUGCUAAUGAUUACAGAACAGAAUGUACUCUGGGAGACCAUCCGGUGAAGAAUCUCUUCGUCAAGAUGUUGAAGCUUUGAGUGUGUCAAAGCGUCUCAUGAGAAGUGUUAGCCAGAAGUUGAGGAAGAAGAAUCAGAGAUCUGUAGGAGAUGAGGAUGAUGAUGAUGAUGAUGAUGAUGUGAGGGGAAUAUCUUUGAGAUGUCUUACUCUGUAUGGUAGGGGUGGAGGUUGCAGAGUAGGCGCUGACACAGGUGAUGAUUUUGGGGAUACCAGUAACAGGAGGAGGCCUUCCAGUGCCAGGGAUGAUGGCAAAGGAUACAGGCCAAUAUGUGGUACCGAGAAUUCUGGAGUUGAUUGCUUCUCGUAUGGGGUGAGGGAGAGAUUUUUGAAGAAGCAUAACAGAAAGGAUUUUGAGCUUGAAGAAUCAAUAAGAAAUAGUAGGAUGCACAUUUUUCUUCCAGAUGACAUACUGGAAAUGUGUUUGGUGAGGCUCCCACUAACCAGUCUCAUGACUGCACGCCUCGUGUGCAAGAAAUGGAAACACUUGACUACUACUACUCGUUUCCUGCAGAUGAGACGGGAAGGCUCACAUCAAAACCCAUGGUUGUUUCUUUUUGGUGCUGUUAAAGAUGGUUAUUGCUCUGGGGAGAUACAUGCAUUGGAUGUGUCUCUAAACCAAUGGCAUGGUAUAGAUGCUGGCAUUCUAAAGGGAAGGUUCAUGUUUUCUGUUGCUAGUGUCCAGGAUGAUAUUUACAUUGUUGGAGGUUGUUCUAGCUUGAACAACUUUGGGAGGGUGGAUAGGAGCUCAUUUAAGACACACAAAGGGGUGAUACUGUUUAGUCCCCUAACAAAAUCUUGGCGCAAAGUUGCUCCAAUGAAGUAUGCAAGAUCAAUGCCUAUUUUAGGAGUUUCGGAGGUAACUUCAGAUUUUUCCACCAGUCAAAGUUAUCAAAGUCGCCAAGAUAGACGUAUUUCCAGAUCACGGGUAGGUGGAGUGUCAGAGGUUUAUGAAGAUCCUCACAGGCUUUCUCUUAGGCGUCAACACAGACAUUCUGCUGACGACAAUGAGUCUUCGGUGUUGCCCAAUAGAAAGUCGUAUAAAUUUUUGAAACAAAAAAGUGAUCACUCAUCCAUGAAGGGUUGUAGAAGGUUUGUGCUCAUUGCUGUAGGUGGUCUUGGAUCCUGGGAUGAACCUUUGGAUUCUGGAGAAAUAUAUGAUUCUGUUUCAAAGAAAUGGACAGAAAUUCGAGGGUUGCCUGUGGACUUUGGGUUUGCUUGUUCUGGGGUUGUUUGUAAUGGGAUGUUUUAUGUUUAUUCUGAAACUGACAAGCUCGCAGGGUAUGACAUAGAAAGGGGUUUCUGGAUUGGAAUCCAAACCACUCCUUUCCCACCCCGCGUUCAUGAAUAUUACCCAAAACUGGUAUCUUGUAAUGGCCGGCUCUUCAUGCUUUCUGUCUUCUGGUGCGAAGGGGAUGGUCAGAUAGGCCGGAGAAACAAGGCCGUUAGAAAAGUAUGGGAGCUGGAUCUCAUGCACCUUAACUGGACCGAGGUCUCAGUACAUCCUGACGCUCCAAUGGACUGGAAUGCUGCGUUUGUGGCAGAUGGAAACGUGAUAUUCGGUAUUGAGAUGUUCAAAAUAUUUGGUCAAGUAUUGGAUUUUUUGACUGCAUGUGAUGUGUCUGAUAUGGGGAUGAAGUGGAGUCAUAUCUCAAGGAACUUUGUAACUCGCGAGCUGGAUGCUUCUUCGUGCUUGUCCAAGUCAAUGGCUGUGCUACAUCUGUAAGGUAAAGACUGUAAGGUCCUCUCUACAUUGUAAAUCACAGAAACAAAAUAUUACACGCAUGAUCAUCAACGCUGUUGUUCUCUCUUUCUUCUCAAGAGCAUUGUGGGCGUACCUGCUACUGGCAAUUUCAGUGUUGAACGGUUUGAAUGGAUGUUCUUGAUAAAAACCCCGACCAGUAGGGAAAUAUAUGGUAUGCUCGCUCGCUCGCUCAUGUAGUCGCGGAUGUAAUUUGUUCACCAACAUUCAUGAAAUUGAUUCUGUAAUAAUUAUUCCCCCCGCAUCAUGUUCAUAUGUUGCAACUACAUUGAAUUGAAUUGAAUUUUGUUGAUUUUAUUUUUAUUUAACAAGCUUUAAUUUGGGGUCAAAUUCGGAAUAUAAUUUAAGUUUCAAUGGGUAUCCGAAAAAAACUUGUAAAUUUAAACAUAAGCGUCCAAAGAAGUGGGGUGUCCAAAGACGAAACUCGAGCGUAAACACAACUUUCCUUGGGAAUUUCUACGCAAAAAGCAGUUCAUUAACAGACCCAAGUCGAUGGACACACCACCAUGAACCAUCCUUUAAAACAAAUGAAAAAAUCUGAAUACAACAAAUAUAUACCCUCCUCCAAUUGCACCUUCGCAAACUUUA